CAGCGGCCCUUUCCUGCGAGGGGAGAGGGGCUGAGCAGCCGGGCUUGACACAUCGCCUUCCUCGUCCUCCUCUUCCUCGUUCCUCUCGGCGCCAGCUGCGCUUUCGCCGGCUUCAAUGAAACUGGCAGCGAUGAUCAAGAAGAUGUGUCCCAGCGAGGCCGAGCUGAGCAUCCCCGCCAAGAACUGCUACCGCAUGGUCAUCCUGGGCUCCUCCAAGGUGGGCAAGACGGCCAUCGUCUCGCGCUUCCUCACCGGCCGCUUCGAGGAGCAAUACACGCCCACCAUCGAGGACUUCCACCGCAAGUUCUACAGCAUCCGCGGUGAGGUCUACCAGCUCGACAUCCUGGACACAUCGGGCAACCACCCCUUCCCAGCCAUGCGUCGUCUCUCUAUCCUCACAGGAGACGUGUUCAUCCUCGUGUUCAGCCUGGACAACCGGGACUCCUUUGAGGAGGUGCAGCGCCUGAAGCAGCAAAUCCUGGAGACCAAGUCGUGCCUGAAGAACAAAACCAAGGAGAACAUAGAGGUGCCCCUGGUCAUCUGCGGCAACAAGGGCGACCGGGACUUUUACCGAGAGGUGCAACCCCAGGAGAUCGAGGAGCUGGUGGGAGGGGACCCCAAAAAAUGCGCCUACUUCGAAAUCUCGGCCAAGAAGAACAGCAGCCUGGACCAGAUGUUCCAGGCGCUCUUCGCCAUGGCCAAACUGCCCAGCGAGAUGAGCCCCGAUCUGCACCGCAAGGUCUCGGUCCAGUACUGCGAUAUCCUGCAUAAGAAGGCACUGAAAGGCAAAAAGAUGCUGAAAGAGGGGAGCCGGGGCAGCACGGAGGAGGCGUACGGCAUCGUGGCCCCCUUCGCCCGGCGACCCAGCGUCCACAGCGACCUCAUGUAUAUCCGGGAGAAAGCCAUCGGCGGCGGGCAUGGCAAGGAGAAGGACCGCUGCGUGAUCAGCUAG